AUGACAUCAUUAGCUGAACCGACAGUCUACGGCACGAGUUCUCUUGCAAGUAAUGUACGAUGUAAUGUACGCUCUGGAAGUCGAACAACGUGGAUUAAAUGGGGUCUGAUUUGUGUCUCCAUUGGUGUUGGCAUUCUCGGAAUAGUGGGAGUCUUAAGGGCUGCUUCUUCUUCAAAAGCGUCUACUGUGGCUAAUGCGAUUGUUACCGAAAGCGACGUUGCGUGUUACCAAAGCUCUUCGAUUGAUAAUGUGACUACCAUGAUGGAGCCAAUUACGGGGCUCAAAUGGAAGCAGAGUGGUGAAAAGAACGUCAAGUCUUUUCUCAUUGUGGAUGUCAAGACCAAGUUUCAAGAGAUCUUUGGUUUUGGAGGAGCUUUUACAGAAGCAGCAGGACUGCAGUUUCAGAAACUCCCACAAGAGAAACAGGAACAAGUGCUGACACUUUACUUUGACAAGGAACAAGGCAGUGCCUAUAGCUUUGGCCGUGUGCCAAUGGGAUCGACUGAUUUCUCGCUGGCGUCGUAUAACUUUGCUGAAACGGUGAAUGACAUGAAGUUGCUGGAUUUUGAUGUGAACGUAACUCACGACACAAAGACAAUGAUUCCGUUCAUCAAACGUGCGUUGAAACGUCGACCGGACAUGAAACUUUUCUUAGCACCUUGGAGUCCGCCGGCUUGGAUGAAACGAUCAAGCUCGGACUACAAUGCGAGUAUGUUGGGGUCGGUAAAGCCCGUUGGACUCCGAGAUGACAUGCGUGCACCAUGGGCUCUGUAUUUCUCCAAGUUCAUCACUGCUUACAAGGACCACGGAAUUCCAUUCUGGGGUCUUACCCCGCAAAACGAGCCUGAGUUUGCUGCACCAUGGGAAGCAUGUGCAUUCGAUCCGGAAUAUCAAGCUGAAUUCAUUGGAGAGUUUUUAGGCCCCGUACUGGACCGUGAUCAUCCUGGUCUCACCCUCAUGGUAUUUGAUCACAACCGCAACAACGUGCACCACUGGGCAAAGGUGAUCUACAACCACCCGACAGCAAGUAAGUACGUCGAUGGCAUAGCCUUUCACUGGUACGAGGAUGGCGGUGAACGUUAUAUGGACGGAGUAGAGUACCCCGAGCAUUUGAACGACACUCACUUUAUCGAUCCAAACCGCUUUAUGCUGGCUUCAGAAAGCUGUAAUUGCCCUGGUGUGGCAUAUGACAACGACGCGUGGUUCCGUGCUCUUCGCUAUGGUCACGACAUCUUAAGUGACCUAAAUCACCACGUGGUAGGUUGGGUGGAUUGGAACUUGUUGCUCGACCACACCGGCGGUCCUAAUCAUAAGGGUAACCUUUGCGAUGCUCCUAUUAUUUUGACUGAGGACGGAAACGACUUCACGAUUCAGCCCAUGUUUUACUUCAUUCAACACUUUUCCAAGUUCAUCCCGGUCGGCUCUCGCCGUGUCAAGGUGCAGGUUGCUGUUCACUUUGAGAAACCUGGAGAUGCGCAGUUGUUUGUAGACUACCAGUCGUCUCUCGAGUCGUGCGAUGGAAGCUCGCGUCAAACGAUACACAGAACCGACGAUGGCAAGAUACAGGUCACUAACACGCCAUUCUGUCUCAAUAUGGUGUCAUUUCCAGGUAAAGGACAUGAAAUUCGACUGGUAGAAUGCCAGUGGACGCAGCAAACAUGGACUUUUGACAAACUUACACAGCGCAUUCGCAUCGACGAUUUGUGCCUGUCAUUGAGCCAUGGAUCAACUGAGAACAGCGUUCGUGUGACGGCGGAUAAAUGCCAAGACGAGGCAGUGAAGUACCAGCAGUGGACGUUCCAUGGAGAAGAUGGCACUCUCCGUUCACACGCGUCAACGAGUGAUCAGUGCGUGACGACGGGUUACGCGUUUAUCCAGGCUGCUGCGUUCGUCACGCCAGAGGAUCGUAAGGUGUUGGUAGUAUUGAAUGAGAAUACGGAGGUAGCUGAUUUUCAAGUGCAGGUCGGUGAUGCAGUGCUUGAUACGACUAUACUACCACGUGCUAUUCGUACUUACACUUGGGAGUAA